AUGACAAAUUUAAAAAAAUUUUUUCUAUAUUCAAUAAUUUACAUAUUAUGUGUAUCUUCUUAUAUAAUCAGUUCAACUAACUUUAGAUCCAAUGAAAAGAUUAUAGAAAAAAGAAAUAUAAAAAUAAAACCAAGCAAACGUCAAUGGACUUUACCAAUAAACUUUGGUAUUCACACUCGUUUAGAUCGUUAUCUGAUAAAAAGAAUACUAAAAAUUGUUGAAGUAUCAACAUGUAUAAGAUUUAAUAGUGUGUAUAAAUUGCGUUCUUCUACAUAUGGUAUUCAUUUUAUUUCUUCAAAUGAUUGUUAUAGUCCAUUAGGAAGAAUGUUUGAAAAAGGUUGGCAAAAUAUACAUAUUGGAAAGGAAUGUAAAACUACUACAGGAAUAUUACGUCUAAUAUUGCGUGCACUAGGAGUAAUUUAUGAACAUAAUCGGAUCGAUCGAAAUUUUUAUGUAAAAGUACAUCCAGAAAAUAUGCAUUUAACUGAUUUAACAAAUUUUAAAAAAUCAAGAACUACUCCAAUUAACAAUUUUUAUUUACCUUAUGAAUAUGGAUCUUUAAUGCAUUUUGGAAUGUAUGAUUAUAGUAAAAAUGGAGGUAAAACAAUAUCUCUAAAGGAUCGUCUUUAUGAAAAUACCGUAGGACAACAGGAAGAACUUACUUUUAAUGAUAUAAAAACAUUAAAUUUGCAUUAUUGUUCUAAUAUAUGUAAAAAUAAAAUAAUAUGUAAAAAUCAUGGAUAUCAAGAUCCUAAUCAUUGUGAUAGAUGUAAAUGUCCUAAUUCAUUUGAAGGUUUUCAAUGUGAACGUUACAAAACAUUUCGUGGAUGUGGUACGAUUGUAUGGACGGUUCGUAAACAACCUACAUUUUUUAANUACAAAAAGUUAAACACAACUUUAAAAAAGAAGUUAUUAACAUGA